AUGCUAAAAGAAUGGUCACCCUUUGUCAUCUCAUCAUGCUUCCAAUUCUGGCUUAAACAGCUCCCUAAAAUGCUCUUUCUCCUUCUCAUCUGGUUCUUGAAGGAAAAUGUUUGCGGGAACUUUAGUGCUUUGGUUUCUGCUCAGUCCAAUGAAAGGCGGGUGGUGGCCUACAUGCCUGGAGAUAUUAUCAUCGGGGCCCUCUUCUCGGUCCAUCAUCAGCCAACCGUCGACAAGGUCCAUGAGAGAAAAUGUGGAGAGGUAAGAGAACAAUAUGGGAUCCAGAGAGUCGAAGCCAUGCUUCAUACCCUCGAUCGCAUUAACCAGAAUCAAACUCUGUUGCCCAACAUCACCUUGGGUUGCGAAAUACGGGACUCGUGCUGGCAUUCGGCGGUUGCUCUUGAGCAGAGCAUUGAAUUCAUCCGCGAUUCUCUCAUCUCGGCGGAAGAAGAAGAAGGGCUGAUGAAGUGUGUCGACGGCUCUACAUCUCUGUACCGCUCAAAGAAGCCCAUCGUCGGCGUGAUAGGUCCCGGAUCGAGUUCCGUGGCAAUCCAGGUCCAAAAUCUGUUGCAGCUUUUCAACAUACCUCAGAUUGCCUACUCUGCCACAAGCAUGGACUUAAGCGACAAGACUUUGUUCAAGUAUUUCAUGCGCGUGGUGCCUUCGGAUGCACAACAGGCCCGUGCUAUGGUGGACAUCGUCAAGAGGUACAACUGGACGUACGUGUCUGCAGUGCAUACAGAAGGAAACUAUGGCGAAAGUGGGAUGGAAGCCUUCAAAGACAUGUCAGCUAAAGAAGGGAUCUGCAUCGCUCAUUCUUACAAGAUCUACAGCAAUGCUGGAGAACAGAGUUUUGAUAAAUUGUUGGAAAAGCUCAGGAGCCAUUUACCCAAAGCAAGAGUUGUAGCGUGUUUCUGCGAAGGCAUGACUGUGCGAGGACUGUUGAUGGCGAUGAGACGCCUGGGGCUGGCCAGUGAAUUUUUACUGCUGGGCAGUGAUGGCUGGGCCGACAGGUAUGAUGUGACAGAUGGUUACCAGCGGGAAGCUGCUGGUGGAAUAACAAUCAAGCUCCAGUCUCCAGGUGUGAAAUGGUUUGAUGAUUAUUACCUGAAGCUUCAGCCAGAAACCAACCAGCGAAAUCCAUGGUUUCAGGAAUUUUGGCAGCACCGGUUCCAGUGCCGACUGAAGGGGUCCCCUCAGGAGAACCCUAAAUUCAACAAAACCUGCACCAGUAAUUUGACCUUAGGAACCCAACACGUGCAAGAUUCCAAGAUGGGUUUUGUGAUCAAUGCGAUAUACUCCAUGGCUCAUGGCCUCCACAACAUGCAAACGGCCCUGUGUCCAGGCUAUGCAGGUCUUUGUGAUGCCAUGAAGCCAAUUGAUGGACGGAAACUCCUGGAUUCACUGAUGAAGUCCAAUUUCACCGGGGUUUCUGGUGAUAUGAUCUUGUUUGACGAGAAUGGAGACUCACCAGGACGGUAUGAGAUCAUGAACUUUAAGAAAAUGAAGAAGGACCAAUAUGAUUACAUCAAUGUCGGAAGUUGGGACAACGGUGAGCUGAAGAUGACCGAUGAUGAUAUUUGGUCCAAGAAAAGUUCUGUCAUCAGAUCCGUCUGCAGUGAACCGUGUGAGAAAGGAGAGAUUAAGGUUAUCCGCAAGGGAGAAGUCAGCUGCUGUUGGACCUGCACACGAUGUAAAGAGAAUGAGUUUGUCUUUGAUGAAUACACCUGCAGGGCUUGUGAGCUGGGAUCCUGGCCCAACCACGACCUCACUGGUUGCGAUUUAAUCCCAGUUGAAUAUCUACGAUGGGGUGAUCCAGAACCUAUCGCUGCCGUGGUUUUCGCCUGCUUGGGUCUCCUGGCUACUUUAUUUGUCACUGCCAUAUUCAUCAUGUACCGUGACACGCCGGUGGUCAAAUCCUCCAGCCGUGAGCUCUGCUACAUCAUCUUGGCUGGCAUCUUUUUGGGUUACCUGUGCACCUUCUGCCUGAUCGCAAAGCCCCAGCAGAUCUACUGUUACCUUCAAAGGAUCGGCAUCGGUCUCUCCCCAGCUAUGAGCUACUCAGCUCUAGUGACGAAAACCAACCGCAUCGCCCGAAUUCUGGCCGGCAGCAAGAAGAAAAUCUGUACCAAGAAGCCACGAUUCAUGAGCGCUUGUGCCCAGCUGGUCAUCGCUUUUAUCUUGAUCUGCGUUCAGCUUGGCAUCAUCGUCGCCCUCUUCAUUAUGGAGCCUCCGGAUAUCAAGCACGAUUACCCAAGUAUCCGAGAAGUCUACCUGAUAUGCAACACCACCAACCUGGGGGUCGUGACCCCGCUUGGAUACAAUGGUUUGCUCAUCUUAAGCUGCACCUUUUAUGCGUUCAAGACCAGAAACGUCCCUGCGAAUUUCAACGAGGCCAAAUAUAUCGCCUUCACCAUGUAUACGACCUGCAUCAUCUGGCUGGCCUUUGUGCCGAUUUAUUUCGGGAGCAACUAUAAGAUUAUCACCAUGUGCUUUUCGGUAAGCCUGAGUGCCACCGUGGCCCUUGGUUGCAUGUUCGUACCAAAGGUGUACAUCAUUCUUGCCAAGCCAGAGAGGAAUGUACGCAGCGCGUUCACCACGUCGACUGUGGUUCGCAUGCAUGUGGGCGAUGGGAAGCCUUCUUCUGCGACCAGCCGUUCGAGCAGUUUGGUCAACCUGUGGAAAAGAAGGGGAUCUUCAGGAGAAACUCUAAGGUACAAAGACAGGAGGCUGGCCCAGCACAAGUCGGAAAUAGAGUGUUUCACUCCAAAAGGGAGUAUGGGAAAUGGUGGGCGAGCGACAAUGAGCAGUUCCAACGGGAAAUCGGUCACGUGGGCCCAGAAUGAAAAAAGUUCAAGCCGAGGAGCCCAUCUCUGGCAGAGGCUUUCCAUCCACAUCAAUAAGAAAGACAACCCCAACCAAACCGCAGUGAUCAAACCCUUCUCUAAAAGCACAGACAGCAGCCGGCACAGCAGUAGCACCACACUCACAACCACCUUCCCCGAAUCCGGUGCCAAAACCCUUUACGAUGUCUCCGAAGCUGAAGAACACUACCCGGCUCAGUACCGCAUUCAAACUCCGUCCCCCAUCAGUACGGUCAGCCAGAGGACUGCUUCCCUCAGCCGGACCGAAGACGACGUACCGACUUUCCAGUCGGAACAAGCCCAACGGAGCAGUUCUUCUCAAGGCUCCCUGAUGGAGCAAAUCAGCAGUGUGGUGACUCGGUUCACGGCCAACAUCAGCGAGCUCAACUCCAUGAUGCUCUCUACCCCCACGCCAGGCCCGAUGGUCACCACUCCAUUGUGCUCUUCCUACCUGAUCCCCAGGGAGAUCCAGCUGCCCACCACCAUGACCACGUUUGCGGAGAUCCAGCCCCUCCCAGCCAUCGAGGUCAACGGGGCAUCUCAGUCCGCCAGGAAACCGUCUUGCGGAAGCGUCAAGGAAGGCCCUUCCGCAGAAACUCCAGCCCCUGCCAAGCCCGAGCUUGAAGAGUUGGUGGCUUUGACGCCUCCUUCUCCAUUCAGGGACUCGGUUGAUUCUGGAAGUGCUUCUCCCAGUUCUCCGGCAUCGGAAUCCGCCCUCUGUAUCCCGUCUUCGCCGAAAUACGACUCGCUGAUGAUAAAGGAUUACACGCAGAGCUCCUCUUCCUUGUGA